AUGCUAGCUGACACAACCCCCUCCAGUGGUGAGGUGCCGUACCUGGGCACUUAUCUGACCGUUCUCACCAUGCUGGACACAGCACUACGUGACAAUGUAGAGGGGGGUCUCAUCAACUUUGAGAAGCGCAGAAAAGAGUUUGAGAUUCUGUCUCAGAUCAGGCAGCUGCAGGCGUCAUGUGCUCAGUACAAUCUCCAAUCACAUCCUCGCAUCAUUUCCUGGAUCAACAGCAGCAUACCUCUUUCUGAUCAGAAGAGCUAUGAGUUGUCAAGAGAACUGGAGCCACCAGUUGACCACUGUCCCAGCUCUCCCAACCCCUGGAGCCACCGGCUCAUCACCAAGAAACUGACCUUAUUGCUGUCUGGCAGUGAGAACCUCUCAAAGAAGACUUUUGCUGAUCAGAUCAGUGUAUCAUCCUCUGGCUCCAGUGGCUCAGAGAUGGACGAUCUGAGCAGCCCCAACCUCUCACCACUUAGAUACAAAAUACAGUCACCAUCCGUAUCCUGUCAGGACACCUCAGUAGACACACCCAGCUCCUCUCCGACUCCGCCCAGCUCUUUUCGAAGAUGUCUACAGACGGAUCUGUCCGCCCUGAACCCCGACAGCCCCUCCCCUACUUCAUCUGCAUCAUCUUCAUCAUCCUCUCCUUCUCUCAAACAUCCCAUGUACAACAAGCAGGUCGCCGAUUCUUGUAUUGUCAGAGUCAGUGUGGAAUUUGGCAACAACGGAAAUGUUUAUAAAAGUAUUUUG